AUGACCGUCCAGGUUUCGUCGACUCGCGAGCUUGUCGUCGACCUCGUUGUCGGCGAGCAAGAGGCCAUCUCUGACCAAGUCGUGGCUGUUUCAGCUUCCCUGUGGAACCUUCUGCAACAGAGCGCAGCGUCCGCAUCGUCAUCAAAGGAGUCAUCGGCAGGCAAGAUCGUGAUUAGCUUGCGGCCAUCGUCUGGUCGCCGUCUACGAUUGUCCAACCUCCCCGCUUUGGCCGUGUAUGCCGUCAAGAGCACGCAAGAUAUUGACGGUCUGUGGCUCGAAGCAUCCAAGAGCAUCGUCUCUGCUCUGGGCCCGUCAUCUCGAUCGCACCGAUCCGAUCGAGGCAAGCGUGUCUCCAUCCAAGCCCAUGCACUAGUCGAUGCAUCCCUCGUCUACUUGCAAGCCACCUCGCUGACCAGCUACGAUGCAGCAAACAACGCCCAAGACGAGUUGGUACGGCAGCUGGACGGAAGCAUCUUGCGGCAAGGCCAGUUGAUCAGGCCGCAGCUGGGUGCCUCUGUUGCACCUCUUCGUGUGGUGAUGCUGGAGCCCCUGCUGCAAGGAGUCUUCUCCGCCGAGUCCUCCGAUGUGCUUCUGACGCUGCAACCGGACGCAACAGAAGUGGACCAGCUCGACAGCUCGAUCAUUUCCAGCAUAUCGGAGGACUCCUUUUCGAUCGCAUCGGCCAGCGAUGCCGGAGUUGCAGAAGGAUCAGAUAGCGCCGAUGAGCUGCAAGACGAAGAUGACCUCGAGAUCGACGAACGUUUCCUGGCACAGACGGUAUUGGAAGACUUUUCCAAUCUCGACAUCUCGAUCGACCCAGCAGUAGAUGGCAGAGCUGCACCUGCUCCCUCACAGCGACCUCGCAACAUCAGCCGAGUCAGACGCUGCACGCUGCAGCAGCUUCAAGACCCCUCGACGUUGGCAGCAGCUAUCUCGCACUGGUACACGCAAGCUUCUGCUUCUUCGGACGCCUCCUCUCUGAGCGGCUCAGCGCAGGACAACAUCGACGAAGAGAACGUCGUGCUCGCCACAGAACGGGAAAUGGCGUCGCUGGGCGCGUUCAACGGGGACUGGCUCGCCGCCAGCGCAGACGGCGAUGCGCGGACGAGGCUCGUGCGCAUCUUGUCGAGCCAAGACCUUCCUGCUUCCACAGACGGCGCGCUAUCUGUGUGGAUGUCCCCGAUCCUCGCGCAGAACAUCCUCGGCGACCAGGUCUUUUCGGCAUCCUCUCGCAGCGUCAUUCUGCGUGUGCUCGGGUCACGGCCCUCGAUACAGCAGCAAGACGUCUCGGCUCUGGUCAGGUCGUGCCCGGUGCCGGUGCCAUUUGCAGAGAGCCUGCGCAUCGCCCGUGUAGCCGGACCGCUGAGCGUAGAUCGAGCCUAUCAAGGUCUCUUCCUCGACGCUCUGCGCACGUUCUUCGAAGACCGGCGACGCAUCUGCCGAAACGGCGACAUCAUCGCCGUAGCAAUCGAAGCAAGCAAAGCGCGCUUCGUCAGCAGAGAAGCCGAGCAAGAAGGCACCUCAGACUCGACACCAGACGACAUCCACGAGCUCAAGCUUCCCUCGGGCCCUAGUGCCGCAAAGACGGCCACCGUCUACUUCAAGGUCACCGACCUGCGAUCUGAGCUCGUCGCGCCCGACAAGGUAGCUGCGAGCCAGAGCAAGGACGAAGCCAUCCGCGCAUUGGCUCUACAGUCUCAAAUUGGUGAGCUCGGGUGCAUCGUCGAUCCCAAUGUGACCAAGAUGGUGCAGACGGGCGUUGAGCAGUGCCGCGUAGCCAAUAGCGAUCGCUGGCUGGGCAUCUCUUCCGAUACACCGAGUUUACCGACCGAGCUCACAUCACCAGAGCUGCGCAGUCUCGUGGCUCCGCUCGUCGCGCCGGCCAGCGCAUAUGCAACGCUCUCGUCGCUCCUCACCGCAACACUGCAGAGCAACGCCAGCAGAUUCGGCCUGCAUCUCAGCGUCCUUCUCGAAGGUGCCCGAGGAUGCGGAAAGAAGACGGUCGCGCGUUGGGUGGCGAAAGCUGCCGGCGUGCAGCUGGUCGAGCUGGACUGCUUUGAUGUGAUCUCCGACACCGACGUUCGAACAGAGGGCAUCCUGCGGGCCCGCUUCCAGAAAGCAGCCGAGUGUGCGCCCUGCAUCUUCCUGCUGCGCAACAUCGAAGCACUUGCAAGAAAGAGCCAGGCGCUCGAGACGGGUCAAGAACCACCCCUUGCAACAGCGCUGCAGAAUUGCUUUGAGGAGCUGUGGAGCGUUACUUCAGGACAGGAUGCUGGGCAGGUAGCGAUGCCGGUGGCUGUAUUCGGAACCACCAGCGAUCCGGACAAGUGCCCGUCAGGUGUGCUCGGCUGCUUCAAGCACGAGGUGACGUUCAAUGCGCCGAACGAAGCCGAGAGGCGAGCGAUGCUCGAGAUCACGAUGAAGGACUCGAUCCUGGGCCCCGAUGUCGACCUCAAGAAUCUCGCCACACAGACGGCGGCUUUGGUGGCAGCGGACCUUGUCAACCUUGCCUCCCGCUCCAAGCUUAUGUCCGUCCGUCGCGUGCGCCAAGCGCUUCCUACAUCUGCAGCGGGUGUCUCGGAUCGCGACCUCUUCCUCGCCGGACUCGCCAUCACGGGCGCCGACGUCGAUUCAGCCCUCAACAAAGCGCGUUCGAGUUACUCGGAGUCCAUCGGCGCACCCAAAAUCCCCAACGUCACCUGGGACGACGUCGGUGGUCUCGCCUCGGUUAAAUCCGACAUCCUCGACACGAUCCAACUGCCUCUCGAGCACCCCGAGCUCUUCAGCGACGGUCUCAAGAAGCGAUCAGGUAUUCUUCUCUACGGUCCCCCGGGAACAGGCAAGACCUUGCUCGCCAAGGCUGUGGCCACAUCGUGCUCGCUCAACUUUUUCUCGGUCAAAGGUCCCGAGCUGCUCAACAUGUACAUUGGCGAGUCGGAAGCCAACGUUCGACGCGUCUUCCAGCGGGCGCGCGAUGCCAAGCCGUGCGUGAUCUUUUUCGACGAGCUGGACUCUGUUGCGCCCAAACGAGGCAAUCAGGGGGACAGUGGUGGAGUGAUGGAUCGCAUCGUCUCGCAGCUGCUGGCGGAACUGGACGGCAUGGCUGGGUCCUCGGAGGGAAGCGAUGUGUUUGUGAUCGGUGCGACGAAUCGACCAGAUCUGCUGGACCCAGCGCUGUUGCGACCGGGUCGAUUCGAUCGCAUGCUCUACCUCUCCGUCUCCACCACCCAUGCUGCGCAGCUCAACAUCCUCCAAGCCCUGACGCGAAAGUUCAAGCUCGACCCCGACGUAGGCGAUCUAGGGUGCAUCGCCGAGCAGUGCCCAUUCAACCUCACGGGUGCCGACUUCUACGCCCUGUGCUCGGACGCCAUGCUCAAAGCCAUGACACGCAAGGCGUCCGAGGUCGACGCCCGGAUCGAAGCCAUCAACGCUACGUCAGGGAAGAAGACCCACCCGCAUCCACUCACCGCGCAGUACUACCUCGCAGAGAUGGCCACCAAGGACGAGAUCGAGGUCAAGGUCAACCGACAGGACUUUGAGAAGGCGCUCCAGGAGCUUACGCCGAGUGUCAGCGAGCAGGAGAUGCAGCAUUAUCGAGAGGUGCAGGCCAAGUUCUCGGCGCCACCUAAGAAGGAGGAGGUCGUUGAGAAGAAGGCGCCGGUGGGAGAGGAACAGUUGUUGGCGGCGAUGAAGGCUGCGAUGAACGGUGUCGGGGACAGAGGGGCUGGUCUGAAGCAGCUGCUUGCCGCGCGUGAUGGUGCAAGUGACGGGCAAGGGGAGCAGGCGGCCAACGGCACUGCCGAAGCACACGACGAGGAGGAGGAGCAGGCGGCCGAGGCUCGACGAAGAGCCAAAGGCAAAGGCAAGGCCGUCUGA